AUGGAAAAGACUGGAUGGUCGGCAGCGUUGCCUGUACUCGUCCAGUUUAUCGUCAAGGUGGGUCCUCGCCGGCCACAGCUCCGACCGAAUCCACGGCAUCUCCGAGACGACCAAGUUGCGCAUCUACAACUCGAUCGCCCUCGGCGCAGCGCCCGCUUUAUGAUCGUCUUGGCGUUCGUCCCCAAAGGGCAUCCAACGCUGGGCAUGGUGCUGAUCACCCUCACCACGUCGAUGUUCGGCUUCAACGGCGGCGGUUUCAACAAGUGUGCCGCCCUGGUCUCCCGACAAUAUUCGCACUUUGUGCUGGCCAACAUUCAGUUCCUCUGGUGUCUGGCGAUGCUCAUCUGCCCCGUGUUGGUGGGCCUCCUUCUGCACAAGGGCUCCGUGGAGGAGUGGAGAACAAUCUUCAUCCUGCACGCCGUCAUCCUGCUCGUUACGAACGGCAUCUUCUGCCUUCUCGCCACGGCCAAGCCGGCCACCUGGACCGACAAGUCGAUCAAGUCGGCGUCAAAGCGGCGCACACCGUGGUUGCGGCUUGUU